AUGGAUAAACAAGAACCUAUUGUAAGUGACGAUGAACACGUUACCCGGGCUAAGGCGAAGCGUUAUGGUUUGAACCCGGAUGUCCCCUCUAAAAAGAAUGUGUCUCUACCAAAUCCUAAAGAAGGCCUCCCUAACAGAGUAGGAUGUCAUUUGGUCGUUCUGGAAUCGGUGGGCCCCACCAAAGCUGAACCAUUUUUGUUGGAGGGUGUCGAUAAAUAUGAUCCCGUCAAAGGUGGAGCUUUGCCGGCAUGGAAUAAUUCUGUAGAAUUCUUUAUUCUCCGGGUGCGGCAUCCAGGAGGUUUGUUGGAUAGCCCACUCAAGCGAUAUUCGAGAUGGAAGCAGGAGGGUGAUGAAACUAUAUUAAUUUAUGGACAUGAAGAUGUACCUGUAAAUGAUGAAGAUACUUUAAUGAAAGCAGUUGCAAACCAGCCUGUAUCUGUUGCCAUUGAUGCUGGAGGUUCUGAUUUACAGUUUUACUCACAGGGAGUUUUUACCGAAAAGUGUGGAACGGAGUUGAAUCAUGGUGUACCAAUGGUCGGCUAUGAUACGAGUGAAACUAGACUCAAGUACUGGAUAAUGAAGAACUAG